AUGCUGUUCAUCGGUUUAUUUCUUCUUUUCUUCGCGAAUUUGACCGAUUCGUUCAAAUGCUACUCGUGUGCAAAUGAUUUUGUUGUUUGGCAAUGGCGACAUUUCUUUUUGAAAAGGAAUUAUGGUUUGACCUCGUCGGAUAAAGAAUGCACAAGGAGGGAUUAUGAUACAGAUCUAUUACAGUCGUGUCGCACAACUUGUUUCAUCUUUUAUCUCAACGCCACCGAUAAGCAUACGGGAAGGACGCGGACUUUGGGUGUUGGUAGGGGUUGUUCCUCUUCAUUUCUCACCGAUGAUCAACACCUUCAUUUGGGAUUGGGAAGUCACUCAAAAUUAAGUCAAGUUGGCGAGUAUUUACCACACGAUUUUGAUAAGUAUGAUAUCUACGAACAUUGGUGCUUUUGUGCAAAUGACAAGUGCAACAUGGAAACAUGUUACAGUCAAUCUCCAUAUGGUGGCUAUGAUUAUAUGGGUCAAUUUGUUGCUCGUCGAAUCUUAGUUUCUGAAGCCAUA